CCUAUAUUUUUAACGUUUUCGAGGAAAGCGCUAAACAUUUCCGUCUUUCUCUUUCUCUCAUCGCCGGCGAGCUCCAUCUCCUUCUCCGGCGAGGUCCGAGCUCUUCAGGCUUGGCUUAUUGUAUUCCGAUUGAACGGAGGGUCAUGGAUGAGGACUUCUCUAAGGCGGUCGAGGAGGGGUUGAGGCUCUCAAAGCGGAUUUGCACCGGAAAGCCCUCGUCACGGCCUUCUGAGCAAUUCAUGGAGCGAUCGUCUACGAUGGCGGCAGGGCUGCUCCCAACGGCGCCUAUGGCUUACGCUGUGAUUUCGGACCCGAGAAUCGUCGAUAACCCCGAUAUUCCCAGCUACCAGCCGCAUGUGCAUGGCAGUUGCGAUCCCCCGGCGUUGAUCCCGUUGCAGAUGAAGGAGAUCGCUCUGGAGAUCGAUUGCUGCUUGGACGCUGCUUUGGUGACCGUCAAGGGGCGGUGGCGGGUUCAUUGUGUGAUGGGAAGCAAGAGCUGCAAUUGCCGCGUUGUGAUUCCGAUGGGAGAGCAGGGUUCCAUUCUAGGUGUUGAGCUUGAUGUCGAAAGAAAGUCCUACUCUACCCAGGUCAUCCAAACAGAGGAAGAUCUCAAUGUAGAGAAACUUUUGAACAAUGAAGAUGGUGGCUUCAUGAAUCCCCAGUAUUUUUCGUGCACAAUACCACUGGUUAGUGGAGGAUCCGAAAUCCAUCUCAAAGCCUGUUGGUCACAAAAAUUAUCAUAUAAGGAUGGGCAAUUCAUUAUAACAAUUCCAUUUAAUUUUCCAGAAUAUGUGACUCCAAUUCCAAAGGUCUUCUCAAAAGGAGAAAAGAUACAGUUGAAUGUGAAUAGUGGUACUGAGAAAGAAGUUCUGUGCCAAAAUGCCAGCCAUCCGUUGAAGGAGAAAGCACGACAAGUUGGGAAGUUAUCUUUUCUUUAUGAAGCCGAAGCUGACAGUUGGUCACGCAAAGACUUUUCUUUUGCCUUUAGUGUUUACUCAAGUGAUAUUUUUGGGGGUAUGCUGGUACAGUCUCCUCCCAUGCAUGAUUUUGAUCAAAGAGAGAUGUUCUGCUUAUAUCUUUUUCCUGGAAGUAAUCAGACAAGAAAGGUAUUCAGGAAGGAAGUAAUUUUUCUUGUUGAUAUAAGUGGAAGCAUGCAAGGAAAGCCUCUUGAAAAUGUCAAAGAUGCAAUAAUUUUAGCACUCUCUCAGCUCGCUCCAAGAGAUUAUUUUGGCAUCAUAGCUUUCAAUGAAGAUAUAAGUUUGUUCUCAUCAACUUUGGAGCUAGCUACGGAGGACAAGAUAAAAAAAGCGAACCAGUGGAUAAGCAAAAGUUUUGUUGCAGAAGGUGGGGCAAGUGGCUCUCAGCAGUUGAUUGCUCAGCCAUUGAAUAAGGCAAUAAGUUUACUGACAAAAUCACCAGAUUCACUCCCACAUAUAUUUUUUAUUACUGAUGGAUCUUUUGAAGAGGAACGGAACAUUUGCAGUAUCAUGAAGAAUCAUGUGGCCAAUCAUCAACCUAUGCAGCCUCGAAUUUCUACUUUUGGUAUAGGUUCAUUCUGCAACCAUUAUUUCUUGCAAAUGCUAGCGUCAAUCGGCAGAGGGCAGUAUGGUGUUGCUCAUGAUCCAGAUUCAAUUGAAGCUCAAAUGCAGAGAUGGUUCAGAAGAGCUUUAUCACCAAUAGUUGCAAAUAUAACAGUUGAUGUCUUUGACCAUUUUGAUGCACUUGAGAUUUAUCCUUUGCCUAUUCCAGAUCUAUCAGCUGAAAGUCCAUUAAUUGUGUAUGGAAGAUAUCAAGGCAAGCUUCCAGAUUCUGUUAAAGCCAGAGGCAUUUUGGCUGACUUAAAUGAUAUUGUUAUUGAUCUGCAAGUACAGAUUACAAAGGACAUCCCACUUGAGAGAAUAUCUGCGAAGCAACAGAUUGAUCUACUCACGGCUCAGGCGUGGUUUUCAGAAAGUAGACAUCUUGAAGGAAAGGUCAUUGAACUAAGCCUCCAACGUGGCAUCCCAUCAGAAUACACUUAUUUGGUCUUACGCCAGAAUCAACCAGAAAUAAAAGAAACAGCGAAAGAGAAAUCAAAGAAAACCAAACUCCUUAACCUUGAAGCUGCCAAAGAACAGUACUUGGUACAAGGCAUUAGAAUUGGAUUUGGAAACAUAGCGGCCACUGCAGAGAACCACCCCCCGGGAUUUCUAAUGCCGAAGCAACCAGAGAACCACUUCUUGGUGGACAAGGCUGUCGGUUGCUGCAACCGAAUGUGCAACUGCUGCUGCUGCAUGUGCUGCAUCCAAACUUGUUCUAAAUUGAACGACCAGUUUGUGAUCGUAAUGAUGCAGCUCUGCACUGCUCUAUCAUGCCUUGCUUGCUUUGAAUGCUGCGCAGAAGUUUGUUGUGAUGGUUCUGGUUAGUGUUUCUUAUUUAGCUUGAGUUCCCUCUGUAUAGUGAGUGUACAGCAGAAUGAGCUUCGCAACUGGUAGUGUGUUUUUAUCUUUUCGGCUUUCUACCAGUCUUUACUAUUUGAUCCACACCUGUAAAAGCCCGGUCAAAAAUUCACCUGUUAUAUAUAUAUAUAUAUAAUCCUGGUGAUUGUAUCGCAAACUUAUUGAAUAUAGACUUUAUCCGGCCUGCGAAAGUUUGUAACAACAAUGCGCUGCAGCUCUAAAUUAUAAUUAUUAUUAGAUCAAAGCUUUUUAACCUC